GCAGGCAAUUUGUAGCUAAUGGCGGGUCCUUGGUCUCAGGCUUGUUGCAAAAGCUGCUCCUCUACUAGCUGUGCGUGUGGCGACAAGGGCAAGUGGAGCAACUCCUCGCUCUUAGGCAAGCGGCUCUCAGAAGACUCGAGCCGCCACCAGCUGCUGCAGAAGUGGGCGAGCAUGUGGAGCUGCGUGAGCGGGGACGCGUCGGUGUCCUGCACGGAAAGGACGCGGCGCGAGGAGGCUGCGGAGCCGGCGGAGGAGGAGGACAGGCCGCUGGUGUUUCUGUGCUCUGGUUGCCGGCGGCCGCUGGGCGACUCGCUGAGCUGGGUGACGAGCCAGGAAGACACCAACUGCAUCCUGCUGCGCUGUGUUUCCUGUAAUGUUUCUGUGGAUAAGGAACAGAUACUCUCCAAACGUAAAAAUGAAAAUGGUUGCAUCCUGGAGACGUUGUACUGCGCAGGUUGUUCACUCAACCUCGGCUACGUAUACAGGUGCACACCCAAGAAUCUAGACUACAAGAGGGACUUGUUCUGCCUCAGUGUUGAAGCCAUUGAAAGUUAUGUUUUAGGGUCCUCUGAAAAGCAAAUUGUGUCAGAAGAUAAAGAGCUUUUUAAUCUUGAAAGCCGAGUUGAAAUAGAAAAGUCUCUGAAGCAGAUGGAAGAUGUUUUGAAAGCAUUGCAAACAAAGCUUUGGGAGGUUGAAUUAAAGUUGCCCUUUACCAGCUGCAAAAGCUGAAAUCUCUUCCACGUCUCCCAUUCUGGAGUCCUUCGCUGCUGGACAGUUGUCUCACGUAGCAAUUCUUGUGUACAAUCUACUUCACUUAGAACGGAAAGAAUUCAAAAUGGUCACGUACUUUACAUUCCCUUGUACUGAUCAACUGACCAAAUGAGAAGAAUUGUAGAAUUACUUUGCCAGCUGUAUUUGAUGGUAAAAAGAUGAUUGUUUCCUAAAUUCCGAUUUUGAAGGCAUGAUACUUCCUGGAAGUGAAAUUUAGUAGUUUUUAUUUUGAUAAACUGCCAUAAUGUUCGGAACGGUUUUCUCCUCAGUACCAAAUUUGUUAUUCUUUAUUUCUUAUUUUUUUAAACUUUAUUUCACCUUUAAUACUUUGAACAAUAUUUAAUAUUGAGUGGUAAGAAAAUCUUAGCAGUUUUCCCACCGUGUGGUUGAACCUCCUCUGAAAACUAAUGCGUACAGCUCUGUGGAGAGACUGGUCAGUUGAGUUAUUUGUCAGAACUAUUCAAAACCUUGCACAAGAGCAGAAUAGCAUGUAUUCUAGUGGCGGUAGAAUUCCACUUGAUCCUGUUUAUUUACUACUAUAUGCCAAAAAAAACCUGGCAGAGUAUCUGCCAAAAAGAGUAGUAAUCAUUUCUGAGGGUGGGAUUCUGGGGAAGUUUUCAGUUUUCCAAUUUUCUAUAAUGUAAGACUUGGAGUAAACACGUGUUAUUUUUAUAAUGAGGGAGAAAAUAAAGAUGAAAACAA